CCGCCAGUCGGGUGCUUGAGGUAGCCACUAGCCAGCACGUCGCUGUCAAAUAUCCCUGCAAGAUCAGGUGCUCGAGUCGGCGCUUCAUUCACUCUUUGCUUCACCUUUCCUUACACACACACCACAAUCUUCUGGUCAUGGUCAAAUAUAAAAACAGACACUGAUUUGCUAGUGUCAGCCAGUGUAUCAUCAUGCAGUUAGUCACACAGAACCAAGGAGGCAAAACCCAUCCCACCUGUCAAUUUGGGUUGGGAACAGGAAGUGGCUGAGGAGAUAAUGGUCGAGGAUUAGCUGCAGCUGUAUUCUAUGCUGUGUGUUCAUCCUCAAUGGCCUUCUUGAAUAAGGCUGUCAUGAACUCAUAUGAAUUUCCAUUCCCAUUCUUCAUAAUGGCAUGUCAGAUGCUGGUAACUGUGCUAUUUUUGGAGAUGCUGGGUAGCUUGGGGAAGCUCAGCUUGCCAUCCUACACGUGGAAAUCAGCACGCAGUUUUCUUGCACCAUCUAUGGGCUAUGCCUUUCAUGCUACCCUUUCCCUCAUGGCUCUUCAAGGAAUGAAUAUCCCCAUGUAUGGUGCUGUGAAGCGGUGUACUCCACUUGUCAACUUGAUCUUGGCUGUGGUCAUCUUGCGGCGUCCUUUCCCAUCAUUCACACUCAUUGUGUCUGUCCUGACCAUUACCAUAGGCUGCUUUGUUGCAGUUUUGGGUGACUUAACUUUUGAUGGUUUUGCCUAUACCAUGGGUGGCCUGAGUGUGUUGGCUCAGGGACUAUACCUGACACUAGUUCAACAGUGUGCAGAGAGUCAGCGUUCCACCUGGGAAAUUUUGCAGCUCAACAGUUAUAACACCCUUGCACCAUUCAUAAUCAUGUCUGUACUUGUUAGAGAACCUGAAAAUAUUGUCAAGAGCAAGUACAUUUCAGAUAUUGGCUUUCAUGUUGUCUUUUGGGUGCUGGUGUCCAUGGGCUCAGUAUUGAACUACUCCCUUUUCCUGUGCACAGCUCUUAACUCUGCCCUCACCACGUCUCUUGUAGCAGUGGCCAAGUCUGUCAUACAGACACUUGUUGGCCUCUUUGUGUUUGGAGGCAUUAAAUUUCAUCCUCUUAAUACUGCUGGCAUUGUUAUGAACACUCUUGGUGGAUUUAUGUAUACCUACACGAAAUAUCAAGAGAAGAGAGAAGACAAAAGACAAAAGACUGAAGAUGAAAAUUUCAAUGAAGUCAGAGUUGGGUUCCAUCCUCUCAGUCUACAAGGCACACCAGAUAAGAGUGGAGAACAUAGUCUUAAUGAUAUUAAAGUUAGUUAAUGUAUUAUGUGCUGUUUUCUUUUGCUGUCUUACGCACAUAAAUCAAAUAUGCUAAACAUGUUGCCUUCUUGCAUCAAUACUUAGAAGGAGAGAUGCUUAAUGAUAAUGUUAUCUAGAUGUUUAGAACUACUCAGAGCCAGUUUUUAGAUUAAUAUUUAUUUAUUUAUAUGCAGUUUUGUAAAUCCAUUUUUUAAUGUGUGAUUGAUACUGAAUAUUGAUCUAAUAAUCUUGUAUAAUUUAUAAUUCAUGGUUAAUGAGUGUCUUUUCAGUGAUCCAUUGAUCAAUGGAAAAUAAAAUUUAUAGACAUACAUGGGAUACUUGUUACAUUUAUAUAGUAUGUGUAUAGACAACAUAAAUUCUACUCAAAAUUAAUUAAAUGUGAAAUAAUGCAAAGGUUUCUUAAUUGAGGUGGUACAGUGAUCAGUCAAUUUUCUCACAAGGACAUUUAUCUACAUUUGUCCUAAAGAGGAUAUCUGAGUAUGAUUCUUUAUUAGUAUUUUUGAAGUUCAUAAUUUUUUUCUUUUACUCAUAACAUAGUAAUUAAUGUGAAGUAUUAAGUAGAGAAGUUUACUUUGGGGAAAAAAAAGACUGCUGCAAAAUUGAAAUCUCUCACUUUGUUGCAUCAUCACUGUCUUGCACACCAUUCUGUGAUAUGUUGUUGAGAUACUCAUAUUCUUAGUGUUAACCUUUAGCUCUGUCAUAAAAUGUAAACACUGGCCCAUACAUACAUUUUAUGGUUAUGUGAAAAUACACUCCUUAUUGAAGAAAA